CAAGAAGAUAGAGAUACCGUAUUGGCUGGGCUGUCGUGAGUGGAGCGAGAGUUGUGAUGAACCACUCUCUUUGAAGUUCAUCAGGAGACAUGCACCAUGAAGUGGGUCCUGGUCACAGCGUUCAUCUCCCUCCUGCCUGUGACGUCGGCUGUGAAGCUGCAGCUCUCCCUACCGGACAGUGUGAAUGUGACUGAGGGAGAGAACGUGACUCUUCCAUGCUCCUUCUCCCCACCGCCGAUCAAGUCGAAUGCCCUCCUCAUCAAGUGGGUCAUGAUGCCCACACACUACUCUGAGAAGAUGCCCAGAUGGGAUAUCAUCGAGGUCUACGACUCGCAUUCUGGAAAUUCGAGGCCCGGAGUGGCUGAGUUUGUGGGAGACGAGAACAGUGAUUGCUCCUUCCGGAUCAUCAACGUCUCGAGGACCCUCGGCCCCGUGUUUAAGUGCGAUGUCUACUGUUACCGCUGUGGGACAGAGGACUGCCAGGUGUUUGGAGAGGUGAAGCUGAACGUGACGGCUGCAGCUCCACGGUCACACGGGGAGACCUCGCCCACACCACGUGUCCACUCCAAGUGGGAGACGGUGGUGAUGGUGGUGACGGUGGUGACAGUGGUGGUGGGUGUGAUCUUGACAUCUGUGGCUGUCAUCCUCUUCAUAAAGAGACACCCUUGUUCGUCUGGGAGCUCCCCCCGCUCACGCAGUGGCGAUGGGCAAGCAGACGUGCACGGUGGUGUGGAGAAUGGGCCUCCACUUAUGGUGAAUGGGGACACAAGGGGGACAAUGGAGACAAAGGCAUGGACGGCGUUUGAAGAAAUCUUCUGUGGACUCCCCCGUGACCACCCUGGCCGGCAAGUGGAGCCACUCUUACCCACAGUGCCAUGCGGAAGUGCGGUGCUGACUGCCUGUGGUUCAUGAGCUGAUUGUUUACAGACCGUGCUUUUAUCAUCUCUCUCCCUCUCUGUGACUAUCCACACUCCUCUUUGACCACUUCAAAUCCCUCACCGCUAAAUUCUGCAGGAUCCAGAAUCCUGCUGCUGCCUCAUUUCACAACUUCUGUAAAUGAAACCUCAUCAUUCCAAUCCUCAGAUUCCCCCACUGGCUACAAAUCAAAUCCCGAAUCGACUGGGAGAUCGCAUUCUCCACCUACACGAUCCUCCGUAGACUCUCCGCUUCCUCUCCCCUCUAAUCUCUCUGCCCUCCCAUCACGUGCUCUCCGACCUCUCCCCUCCUCUCUCUGUACUCCCCUCCACGUGUUCUCCUACCUCUACCCUCUAAUCUCUAUGUGUUCACGUAGAAUCUAUUGGAGAUGUACAGAACAUGAAAUUCACGGGCUUGUACUUUUUUAAUUGGCUGCCGUGGCACAGACGGCACGCUCCUACCGGACGGUGUGGAUGGUGAGAGAGGGAAGGUUGCCCAAUCGAUGCCGCUCUUCCGCUCGGUUCGUCUUUGUCUGCCGCACGGUUUACACGCGAGGUGCAUGUCUACACUGGUGUGGAAUUUGGCACCGCGUGACAUUUAUUCAUCUAUUCGUAUGAGCACUUUUAAAUACCGCAUGUUUAACCCUGUGUUGAUCACGGGUACUAUGUAUUAAUGUUCUCCGCUUUAAUAUGUGCGCCGUGGUUGCGGUGCAGGUCUGAGUUGUGCUUGUCAAGGGACCUGAAUGUGUGUGCAUUGCACAAGUCACGAGGCCCUAAAGAUUAUUAAUCUGGGAUGGCGCCUUGGACUUGUCACGAAUUAAUGUGUGUUGUAUCUGUACGACUGGGAAGCAUUGAUUUCAGGAGUCUAUCCUGCUCAUGGUUACUGUUGGGAGAUGUGGGUCGAGAGGAGUGGUUCCCGACCUGUGAGCUGUAGACCACACGGACAUGUUAAUUGCCCUGCAGAACUGUUGCCGAUUUUAUUCACAAAACCUUUCUUGUAUACACUGCAAGUUAUUCCGCAAUUUGUUUUGAGGGUUGACAGUGAACGUGGCUCCAGAAAGGUUGGGAACUACUGGGCUGAAAGAUCCACACUGUGACUGCUUGUAAGAGAUUAGUUUCUACGUGCCAUGCUGCACAUUUUUGGUCUUGAGAAAUAUUCGGCGUUCAGGUCUAUAGUUUUUAUAUUUAAAAUACUUACGAUUGUAAUCCUUUUUUUUGUUAAUAUAUAGAAAAUAUAUAUUUUUAAAGCUUUGGCCAAAAAUGCACGAUUUGCUGGUGUAAAAGAGAAAUAUUUCUAUUUUCUUUAAAAAAAAAACUCUGGUCCGAGAGAUCCAUAA